AUGGAGCAUACCUUCCACCGCCUGGUCCGGUUCGAAGACGGCAACGGCACCACGCUCUACGGCGACGUCACCGAUCCGUCCGUCCUGAGCGAUCUGGUCGGGGCCACCGUCGCCGUCCUGGAUGGUGAUCUCGACACCGGCUUCGUCAAGACGACGCGCAAGGCCAUCAUAAACAAGGUCCUCUGUCCGCUGGAGAGGGUGCCUUACUUCGUCUGCAUCGGCCUCAACUACAAGAAGCAUGCCGAGGAAGCCAACCUCGCCAUCGCUGAGAACCCCGUCAUCUUCGCCAAGCCGCCCGACGCCCUCGCCGGGCCCUCCUCCUCCAUCCCCAUCCCCCUCCUCGCCCAGCCGCGCCUCGACUACGAAGGCGAGCUCGGCGUCGUCAUCGGCCGCGACGCGCGCGACGUUCCCGCCGCCUCCGCGCUCUCCUUCGUCCUCGGCUACGUCAACGCCAACGACCUGUCCGCGCGGCACCUGCAGAUGCCCGCCGCCGUCUCCGGCGGCCAGUUCUGCUUCGCCAAGUCCUUUGACGGCUUCGCGCCGCUCGGGCCGGUGGUCGCCUCGCCGGCGGCGGUGCCGGACCCGCAGGCGCUGGGGUUGGUGACGCGCGUCAACGGGGAGACGAGGCAGGAGAGCUCGACGGCGGACAUGAUUUGGGGGGUGAGGGAGCUGGUGGCGUUUGCGUCGCAGGGGACGACGUUGAGGAGGGGGACGGUGAUACUGACGGGGACGCCGUCGGGCGUGGGGCUGUUCAUGGAGCCGCAGAGGUUUUUGGAGGAUGGCGACGUGGUGGAGGUGAGCUUCGAUGGGCUGGGCACGCUGCGCAACACGAUGCAGUUCCAGAAGUAG